AUGCUUCGAAUCCGAUCGUCUGGACUAUCGCGUCUCGCGAGCCGCCGCUUUAUCGGUGGGUUCGCUGCUGAUGCAUCUGCACCGACAGUGUCUGAAAAAGUGGUGAAUGUGGUGCUUGUGGAUUACGAAGGCAAUCGUCACAUUGUCAAGGGACGCGUUGGACAGACACUUCUUCAAGCCUGUGAGAUGAAUAAGAUUGGAUAUGUUAAAGAUGAUUCCAUGGGUGGUGGUGGUAUGUACGACGCCCGACGCACGGAUUUUUACACCGAGUCGCUCUUUGGGGAGGGUUUAACAUCUCCACAAUCGCAUGUGGUGAUCUCGAAUGAAUGGAUCUCUAAGCUUCCACCUGCUGAUACGAAAGAGCGUCACAUCAUUGAUACUUACGUCCCUACAGAGGAUCGCUCUGCUAAUUCUCGUCUGGGCACGGGGAUUGUGCUGCAGAAAGAGCUGGAUGGUAUGGUGGUGGCUGUGCCAGAAGCAGCACCCGUUGAAGAGUACAUGUACGAUCACGAGUAUGAAGAGGAUGAUUACGAGUCGUAUGAUGAUGAACAGCAGCAGGCGUAA